UAUAUACAAAGAAACAUAUUUCCAUAAAUAGACUAUUUGGAAAUUUUAUGGAUUGAAAACAAGUUUAUUCAACACAAUGUCGUAAUACAUGUUUAAGAAGCCAAGUAAGCCACAAAAUGGAAAAGAAAGAAUUUACUCAAUUUGAAGGAUUUGACCUUGACAGUCUUGAGAAGUUCCCUUUUUCUGGUAUCAAGGUCAUUGGAGCAAUACAUGUUGGACUAGGUGUCACGUGCAUGAUUCUAGGAGUAGUUAAUAUUGUUACCUAUGUAGUGAUGGAUGAAUCUCCAACAUAUACUGACAAAGACUUAAAGGAAAAGCAAGACCUAGCAAUGCAGAUCACCGUAUCGUCUACGCCAAUGUGGUGUGGUAUAUGGUUCUGUAUGUGUGGUACUAUGGCGCUAAACAUAUCAAGACAAAAGAAGUCCAGUAUUUACUGCUUUAAAAUGUCUUUCCUGAUAUUGAGUAUUUUAUGUUCUACAUUGUUUGGUCCUGCUUGCGCAUGUGUAAAUGCAUAUGAAGCUUUAUUGCGCCAUGGUCUGUACAGUUCCGAUUACAAAUGGCUGGUUCCCAUACUAAUAGCGUUCUUUGCAUUUAAUGAAAUUAUUGUUAGUAUCAUAUCAGCGAUAGCAUGUUGCUGUUGUGCAACAUUAAAAGAAACAAAAGUAAGAGUGCUGUUGACGCCAAAUAAUCAAACACAGCAUAAGCUGAUUAAUAAAGAAUUCCAGACACGGCCUGAGAAUCCACAUUUACAGCGAGAUUACUUACAAGACAAUAGAGAUAUAUUUAGAAUCAUCAACAGAAAUCAACAGAUGAACAUUAGUGAUCAACCAAUGUUUAAAACACAUUCGAAGAAUAUAACAACACAAACAUCAAAUUUUACAGCAGAUCAUAUCAGAUAUAAUAACACUCCUGACUAGAGCUGGUUGGCAAAUCUAAUUUUACCAUCAGAUUAUAUCGAAAUAAUAUUUGGAAACCGUCCUAUGAUAUUUUUUUUAUUCAUUAAUAGUAAAUAUUGAUUCCUUUCCCGUCGAAUACAUUUCGGUUCACCCACAACCAAUAACAACAAGCACCCAAGAAGAAUCGUCAUCCAUUUUGAUUGAACACCGUUUUAAAGGGAUUAAGAUUUUAAAACAAUGUUAGACUCCUUUACCCCUAUUUUAGACAUGUUUCCCAAUUCAUGUCUGUCGUGUUUAUUUUGUUCACUCAUCAUUGUUAAUACAAUGGAAUUUUAAUUUUUAAAUUUUAAUGAUAACUUCAAACUUCAUCUAUUUAAUAAACCUCAAAAGUUAACUUCAUACAUACAUGAACAUUGUGUCAUUGGUUACGACCCAUUGCACUUUAUCAUCAUUAAUCUCUGAAUUAUUUUGACUUCAAUUGAAUAUAGCUUUAUAAAAAGCGUUUGCUGUUUGUCUUCUGACUUAUUCUAGACUUUAAUUUAUAUUUGUUUCAAGGUGCAGUUUAUGUGAGUUUAAAUAUGGACGAAAUAUAGUUACCAGUUUAAUCAAAUUGUAAACAAAAUACAAGUGCUAAAAUCAUUGCAUUUUACAUGUCCAGUCCAAAUACAUACAAACAUAUGCUUAUUUUAAACAAGAUAUUUGUCCAACUUUUAUUUAAUUUUGUGCUAAUUGAACAAAUUAUCACAUGUCUGAUUUAUCUUUUACCAUAUAUAUUGUCCUACAGCUAUACUCAGUUGGUAAUUGCAAUAAAAACAAACCUUAAUUUGUUUCCUACCUGUCAAUUCAAAGUUGAAAAAAAUCAGAAAAUUAACAAAAGAUUAUAAUUAAGGGUUAAAGAAAAGUAUUACUUGAAUAUAACAGUUAUUAUCAAAUAUAUAUAUGUACAUCUUUGAAUUGUGAAUAUAUGUACAAUAUCUUUUACUAAGGCCACAUACAUAUAAAUGUAAUAUAUGUCUCUUCUUAGGCUAUUGGCGACUUUUCAAUACUGUAACAGUUUAUUUUUUACUGAAGUAUACAAACUAGUUCACUCAUUAUUGUCACGCUUUAUAAAAAAAUAGUUAAACCAAACUAUCUUAACAUGUUCAAUAUAAAUUGAAUAAGAAUUUAACAAAAAGUUUCCUUUAUUGACCAUAAACACAGUUUAAUUUUUUUUCAUUGUAAUCAGAAUGUAAUCAAGAUUAUAUUUUGAAAAGUAAUUGAUUAGAUUAAAUUACAUGUAAUCAGAUUUUUGGCUGAUAAAUGAUUACAAAGAUUACUUGAAAAAUUGUAAUCAAUUACAGCUGAUUCACGAUUACAAUUACAGUCACUCCAACUAUGUUUUCAUACCAGUGAGAAUUUUUAACAAGUUAUAAGGAAGUACACCACUAAUUCAUGACCCCAUUGGUUUCCAUGUUAAAUUCCUCCAUUUCAAACAGGCACACCUCUUUUGUUUUAAGUUUAAAUAAAGUGGCGAUCAUUGCAUGUCAAAGCAACACUUUAUGGUGUCUUGUACUGAAAAUAUCAGCAU